AUGUCCAGCCCACCAGAGCGAGAGUAUAUCAGUUCCCUAGAGGCCCUAUAUGGAGGCAAAACAUCCUCUGAGUGGUGGCGGGAUGCCGUUGCCGACCUGGAAAAGGCCCAAGCCGCCAAGGCAGCCGCUCCAGCGAAGAAACAGCACGGCUACCGCGAUGUUGUUGUCCGGGCCCGCAUACACCGGGAGCGCGAUGUGAUUGUCGAAUCGAUCAAGGAGGAAGACAUCCGCCGUCUUGCGUCCUCCUACCACGGCAACGACAGCUGUGUGCUCUUCAAGCCUUUGAUCCGCGGCAGCUUCAACGUCUGUUACUUUGUCGAGUUUGCCAAUGGGGACCGAUGGGUUGUGCGCGUGCCAUUACGCCCAAUCCUGGCCAUAGACCCAGCGGACAAGCUGGAGACUGAGGUUGCUGUGAUGCGGCUCUUAGCAGCAAAGGCCACCAUUCCGAUUCCCAAGGUUCACUUCGCCGCUUUGGGAGACGGCCCCGCGCCGUUUCCUUCUUUUCUCAUCUUAGAGUACAUUGACGGCCAAAAGCUGGACUACAAGCAGUUCAGGGGCCUCGCCCUGCGGCGCCUCGAGUUCCCUGCCAUUGGCAGGCUCGUCAAAGACGGGGAGACCACAAAGGUUGGCAAGGGGAUCUUCACCACCGACAUCAACAUACAGCAUCUAGAGAACUCAGCCCCUUUCGAUGUCAUCCAAUCCCACUCCGGUCCGGGUAACCCACCACUUUACUCAGCCAACGAGUACGCCGAGCUCCUGCUCGAUCUAGCCCACAACGGGUUCCUCAAAAGCCGUAGCGCGAUAGAGACCGAAGCGCAAGCCGAGGAGUUUCUCUACCACCUGCACGUGUUCCGUGAGCACGCCCAUGGCUGGCUCGACCGCAGCCUAGACCAAGGACCUUUCGUGCUCAUCCACGGCGAUUUAGAGAUCUUCAACCUGGUUCUCGACGACGACAUGAAUGUUGUGUCGGUUCUGGAUUGGGAAUGGAGCCGUGUUGUCCCCGUCCAGCUAGUUUAUCCGCCUUUGUGGCUCAACACCAUGCACUUCAAGACUCUGUGCUUAGGAUCUCAGUACUACGAAUACAUCCAAGUUUUCGACGAGUUCCUAGCCAUCCUCCGGACUCAGGAAAAGGAGAAAUUUGGAAACGAACUUCUGGCUGACGAGUGGACCGAGCGAAAAAAGGACAGCGGGUUCAUUGUCGCCCAGGCCAUGGAAUACUGGACCGCUAUGGACUGGUUCGCGUACCGGUGUAUUGGAAUCAAGGCUCCAGGGAGGUUACGAGGUCUGCGGGGGCGAGUCGACGCUUUUAUCCAGGAGGACCCAGCGCGGAAAGAGCCGGUUACAAAGGCUGUGGACGUGAAGGCCUACCAGGCCGAGCUCGAGAAGGAGGGGAUGUCAUAG